UCCUCGUUACGCACCCGACAGAGCCGGGGCUUCGAGUGCAAAAGCCCAAAACAAAAAAACGCAAAACAACCGCCCAACCCUCCGCCGAACGAAAAAACCAGAGAGUCGAUUUGCAGUGAGCGCCGCUCGUUCUCGACUCGCCUCCUCGCCUCCUCGGGCGCACAUCAACAACCGCGUGCUCACGCAACGACGAACGCGCUCCAACUUCUCGCCAUGGAUGUCCUGCUCAGUCUGCUGCUCGUCAUCUCGCUCGCCCAGGCGCUGCCUGCUGCUCAAGACGGUGCAAUCGGCGCCGAACUGGGAACCCCAGACAUCGCAGACCCCGCGAUGCCGACCUCUUCCCGGGUCGCCUCGGUGGCGCCCGUUGUGCAUCGCCGGCAGAAGCGCUGCUCCUGCUCCUCCUACAUGGACAAGGAGUGCAUCUACUUCUGCCACCUGGACAUCAUCUGGAUUAACACCCCCGAGAAGGUGGUGCCCUACGGUCUGGCCACGUCUCACCGCGCCAAGCGCGGCGCGCCCGCACAGGGCUCGCCGCGCGUUCGGACGCGGGGCAAGCGGUGCGCGUGUGUGGCGCACGGGCGAGACGACAGCAAGUGCGCAAGCUUCUGCGCCGGCGACGCGGCUCCGCCAGCUCCCAGGAGCUCGGAGCCAGCGCGCCUCCACCGCGUCCUGCAACGGCUCCUCGAGGCCACUCGCCGCGGACGCCUGACCGGGCCGGACGGCCCUGCCGCGGACUGCACCACCACCGUGUGUCAGCGAUGAUGGCCAUGAGGACGCGUGCGGCGGAGAGAAAGAGAUCGAGCCGAGAGAGCGAAUGCCACGAAACCGCGGCCAAGGAAGAAGCAGCGCGCUUUGUCCGCGGAGCGGAGAUAUCCCCCCCCUACUCCCCCACGAGUCGUUCCCCUCUUUGCGGGACUCGGGGUGGUGGGAGGCAGGGGCAAGGAGUGGCCGAGGAGGAGACGGAGCGCGGAGCGCGACUCUCUCAAGGCCCCGAAGCCACGGCCGAGCCGAGGAUUCGACAGGGAAGGAACACUGGAGGCGCGCGGAGGGGGCGCUGAAAGACUGAACGCAACGGGGAGGGAAAGAGCGAGGAUUCUGCUGCGAGGAGUUUGCAAAAGGGGGAGGGCGAGAGACGAGUGACUGGAGUGAUGAGACUACAGUGGGGAAGCGAGAGCGGGGAAGAGAAUGCAACGGAGUUGCUGGAACAGAGAGAAGAGGAACUCUUUACGACGUUGGUGACGCCUCGCCGGCGCUCGGAUUAUUUCGUCGGUCGCUCUCAUCUCAAAUUAAAACUUCGAGCAAAACGACGAGGACGCGGUGGCCUGCCGUGGCCACAUCAUCAUCACCACCACUACCACCUCCUCCUCCAUCACCACUACUACCAUCGCCAUCAUCACCAUCAUCUGACGAAGCUCCACCGGCACGAUGGGUGGGAGCGAUGACGUAUAUUGAUGAAUCGAUUAUUAUAAAUCGAGUGCUGCGUAGAUGUAUUGUAACUCACGAUUAUUCGCGUAAAAAAAACUGUCUCGAGCACCUAUCAUCUCAAUUAAGAUUGUCGUCGGCUGGAAUUGUACAGUAUUAUGCGCGUGCGUGUGCGUGCGCGUGCGUGUGUGUGUGCGUGUGCGCGCGUCUGUGUGCCCGUAUUUAUUUUUUACUGAAGAUGCCACUUACGUGAGUUUUGUAAGAAGCAACCGGCGGCUAUUGCAGUUGCAGAGUCUAGUAGCACAGAGCACGUGUGUCGGCGUGCGUGUGUCAGCGAUGUUAUUUAUUGUUGUUUUUAUUCGGUAACGUAUGUCAGUGUAAAAAACAAACAUUAACUGAUUCGGACCGCUGUUUACUUUUUUUUUUGUUAUAGACAAAUCGCAUUUGCACACUGCUGUAAUUAUAUAUUAAUUAAGUUAUUGCUAUUGUGAUGAAUGUAAUUAAAGUUAAUUGGUGACCUUUA